CCAACCUUCACUGUUGUUUCAACAUCCCAUUCCUCACCAGACGGUGGUCGGGUCCGUCUCAAAUGACCUCCACAAGUUGCUUGAAUACUUUCAAUCAGCACUAAGUCUGGUGAGAGGUACAAUCUAUUCAUUCGUCGUCGCUCUCUCAAGCCGCCAGACCUCUACUUUAGCUGGAUUAUUGCUCGGAGGCGGAGAAGGGUUUGGUAGUCGUCAACCGAUUCAUUCACCACCACCCCCCAAAAAGGCGCCGUGCAGCGAUCCGAUUGACGGGAAACACAAAAUAUCUUCCUAAUCUACCAUCUCACAAGCGCUUUCACAAUUGAUCUACUAUAUACCACCAUACACUUUGCGAUCCGACAUUGGCGACUGUCGCAUUACCCAGACUGGCCAAAGCCCAUCCCUCCUUCGACCGCCAUUUGAACCAGGCGAGAUCAGCCACCCCCGCCAGAAGGAUGGGCGACAACAUCCACGACACAAAUACGGUUGCCACCCGCAGCGCAACAAGAAAUGCUUCACGUGCGAAACCAUCGGGAAGUGCCGCCAAUGCAUUGAACCUCGCAUCCCCACCUGGGUCAAGAACGCCGCCCAGCAUGCCAUCAAAAAAGACCAUAUUCUAUCCUGAUUCGCUAGGGAGGCAACAUAAAACCCGACAUGGCUCGGAGGCCAUUGACCCAGAUGCGCUUGCGAAGGCUUUGAAGGAUUACGAGGACGCUGGGCGCCCUCACGAGAGAACACCCGGGACCAGUCCCAGUCGGAAAAGGCAGCGAGUAUAUGGCGACAGAUUUAUCCCGAAUCGGGAGGGGCAGGACCUCCAGGCAACCUACAGUUUGCUCCACGAGGACGGGUGCCCUUCUACACCUUCGAAAUCGAAAAAGCGUGCGCCGCACUCGGAGCUUCAUUUUCAAAAGACGGAGGAAGCAAACAGGAUGUACUCACGAGUCCUACGGAGCGAGCUGUUUGGUAGUACUGUCCCGCAAGCUGACCUAGAAUCAUUAUCACCGGAUCCUUUGCUGGGCCUCGGUAAUGGUAUCAAUGAAAAGACUCGCUCCCAUACCCCUCCGUCGCAUGUGUCCAAUCUUCCUCCAGCAAGCAUAACACCGUCGACACCCCACAAGAACCUUUUCAACUACGCCUCCCCACGUGGAUCUGGACAUCCCACCCCUUCUAAAACCCCCCGGAGUCAACAUGGCCCCAACCUUAAUGUUCGAUCAGAGCUUUACAGUCUGUCACCGAUCCGCUACGAUAGCCAGCGCAUCCUUGAGACCCCCCGCAAACAACCACGUUAUGUCAACAAAGUACCAUACAAGGUACUGGACGCGCCUGACUUGCAAGAUGAUUUCUAUUUAAAUCUGGUGGACUGGGGAAGUAGUAACGUAUUAGGUGUUGGCCUUGGAAACUCCGUCUAUAUGUGGAAUUCGCAAAGCGGAACAGUAACUAAGCUAUGUGAGCUCAGAGACGAUACCGUCACGAGCGUCAACUGGAUUCAAAGGGGUACACAUCUUGCUAUAGGGACUGGGAAGGGACUUGUGCAGAUCUGGGAUGCAGAACGCUGUCGCCGUCUACGAACGAUGAUUGGCCAUACCAAUCGUGUAGGUGCCCUGGCUUGGAAUGAUCAUAUCCUUACAUCCGGCUCGCGAGAUCGCCUCAUCUAUCACCGAGAUGUCCGCUCUCCAGAUCAAUACCUCCGGCGGCUUUCUGGCCAUAAGCAAGAAGUCUGCGGUCUCCGAUGGAAUACAGAAGACGGUCAAUUGGCUUCGGGUGGUAACGAUAACAAGCUUUUGGUAUGGGAUAAGCUUAACGAGACGCCCCUCUAUCGAUUUUCUGACCACACUGCCGCUGUGAAAGCGAUUACUUGGUCGCCCCAUCAGCAUCAUUUGCUUGCAUCGGGUGGUGGAACGGCCGAUCGAACUAUCAAGUUCUGGAAUACCUCGACUGGAUCUUUGAUCAAGGAAGUUGACACGGGCAGUCAAGUCUGCAACCUAGCCUGGUCGAAGAAUUCGGACGAAAUCAUCAGCACACACGGCUACAGUCAGAACCAGAUUGUAAUCUGGAAAUAUCCACGUAUGGAACAGAUCGUAUCAUUAACGGGGCAUACGUUCCGUGUCCUGUAUCUGGCAAUGAGUCCCGAUGGCCAAACGGUGGUUACGGGUGCUGGUGAUGAGACUUUGCGGUUUUGGAAAAUUUUCAACAAGAGGUCCGGGAGAGACCAAGGGCGUGAAGGCAGCAAGUUGGCGGAAUGGGGCACCAUCCGGUGAUAUUACGAUCGAUAUUUUUGAUGACCUUAGUGCUACGGCAUCUUUAACAUACCCUGCAAAGGGGUUUCGAUAUGCAUUAGACACGGCGUUCACGGAAUUUGGCGUUGUUUCGAUCCUGGGUAUAUCCUUGGUCGGUCCGGGGGAAGGGCUAUCAUGGUUUAAUUGGCAUCUCUCGCAUUUUGUGGGUUUACGGCAUUUGACAGGCGCUUGUUUGCGAGGCGCUUGUGUCCCAGCAUUUGAUCACAUAUUUUGUCAUGUACCGUUGGCCUUAUUCGUGCUGCACGCACUUUCGCCACUAAGCCUGCGUUUCUGCGCCACUUCGUUUGAUUUUACAUUAACCAACCUUGUUUCCGUUACUAGGCCACUAACUAGCCUUUCGCAACCAAUCCCGCAUCUCUCUGUGCACUCAGAAAUGUAAGCGACGGCGCUCAUGGUGUUCGACAGGUGGCCAACUGCGGCGUCUGCUCCUCAGGACAGGUGGUUGCGAAGCCUCGAGUUCUCUCAUCUUUCCAUUGUCGCAUUAUAUGUACCUUUUUUCUCUCUUCCUUUUUUUUUUUUUUUUUUUUUUUUUUUU